AUGGCCCUGCCGCAGCAACAUCACCACCAUCGCUUACCCCCACAAGCGUCGGUUCACUCCGGACACCGACAUGGCAUGAAUCCAGAAUCAUCUCCUGUCCCGUCGGGGCCGCCGAGCGUGGUGGGUCAGCCUGGCAUGCCUGACCCAGCACCCAGGCCCAAAGGACCCAAACUCAAAUUUACGCCCGAAGAGGACGCCCUGUUGGUGGAGUUGAAAGAAAACAAGAACUUGACGUGGAAGCAGAUUGCCGACUUCUUUCCUGGUCGAACGAGUGGAACGCUGCAGGUUCGAUAUUGUACCAAGUUGAAAGCCAAGGAUGUGACGUGGACGGAUGAGAUGGUUCAACGACUUCAGCGAGCGAUCCAAGAAUAUGAGAAUGACCGAUGGCGGAUAAUCGCUGGGAAGGUUGGCAACGGCUUCACUCCAGCAGCUUGUCGAGAAAAGGCGUCGCAAUUUUAG